GCAGUGAGGAUAGGAGAGGCUCUCAUAAGGAAGGAAAAAAAAAAAAACUGUGUAAGUUAGUUUGCUGAAAGCUGGCUUAAAACCAUUUGCAUUUUGCAACUUCUCUUGGGAAGGUUGUUUGCUGGAGGUCCUGCAUUCCUGGAUCACAUACUAUACAGAGCCUCAGUCAUUUUUACAUCACACCAUUAGUACUGUAAUGCCUAUAGGUGUGCAUUUUAACGUCACACCUAUACUGUCAACUCACAUAGUUCUAAAUUAAUAAGUAUCCGAGUAUUUCCAGUUGAUCUGCUUACUGUGGGAUUAUUCCAUCACUGCCCUGCUCACGGGUGAAGAGGGGGAGAGACCGCAUCAGUUUAUAGAAGAAGACAGGAGCUUACUGGCAGGCAGACAGACAGCAUGGGAGCUGGGACCUCCACUGAACAGGUCGCCGACAAGACCAAUGAAGAACGUGUGGAGGAACAGAAUGAGCAGGGGGGAGAGCAAACACAGCCAGAUGGGCAGGAGGUGGAGGUGGUGGACCCAGCAGAUGAUGCUAAGCUAUUGCAAAAAAAUGGUAACAUAACUAUCUUCAACGGGACUGGAGAAGAAGGAGAAAAAGAAGAAAUAGAAGCAAGUACCCAGGCUGAGGAUAUAAAUGGACAUCAGGAGGAAGCAGAUGUUAAAGAUGUUGAACAACAAGAACCUUCAAAUGGACUUCUGAAUGAAGAGCCUGUUGAAAAUAUAGAAGUUACACCCAAUGAUGAAGCUUCUAAAGACAGUAUGGAACAAGAUGGUCUGGAAGAAGCUUCAGAAGCCAUCACUACAACAGUAGAUACAGACGUUAAAGAAGAGUCACCAGAGCAAGCAAACGAAAACCAGUCUAAUGAAGUGGGGUUCAAAAAAGUGUUUAAAUUUGUUGGUUUUAAAUUUACUGUGAAAAAAGAUAAGACCGAAAAGGCAGAUCCCGUGCAACUUCUGACUGUAAAGAAAGAUGAAGUGGAAGUUAAUGGUGCAGAUAAUAAUGAAAAACAAAGCAGUUCCCCUGUUGAAGACAAACCAGUAGAAACACAAGAAACCAAAGAUGUAAAGCAAGAGUUAGAAAAGGCUGACAUAGCCGUAGAAGAAAAUGACAGUCCAAAAGAAACUUUUGCUGAAAGCCCAACGACCGAGGACGAGCCCAAAGUUGAAAAGGAACAAAAAAAAUCUCCAGUGUCACCAGUAAAUCCAAUUGUUGCGGAAUCUUCUUCUCCGUUCAAGAGGUUUUUCACUCAAGGUUGGGCAGGGCUGAGGAAAAAGACCAGCUUUAGAAAGUCAAAGGAGGAAGACCCCCAGGAGGUUGAGAAACACAUUGAGAGUGAACAACAGGAUAAGGUUGAAGCUCAAGAUGUUGUUAAACAAGAGGAACCCAUUGAAAAAGAAGCAAUAAUUGAAGAUCAGUCUUUACAAGAGAAAGCAGAGAAGUCUGAAAAUGAAGAAGUAAAUACAUUUAUUGAUGAGGAAAUUACAGUUUCUGUUGCAGAACAGUCACUGCCAGAUGAAUCCUUAUCUUCUAAACUAGAAGAGUUCAAAACUGCAGAGAAAGAAAAUGCAGAAGAUGCUGCACCUGUAACAGAAAGUGUUUUACCUGAAUCAGAAAAGACAGAAAAUGUUGUUGAUGUAGUUGUAGAAAUUGCUGCUCCAGUAUUGAAUGAGUUGAGUGAAAUAAUUACUCAAACUGGUGUUUCAGAGGAGAUAACUGAAAUCAGUUCUACUAGCCCACCAAGUUCAGACGAACCGCUGCAAGUUGUGGAAAUCCAUACUGAAACACUCGAGAAAGAUGUAAAAAGUGAAGAAGUUUUGACAGAGGAGCAAUCCCAAUUAGUUAUAAAUACUGAAUGUGUAGAACUGGAAAAAAGUCAAGAAGCUGUCAUUACAGAAGCAGAACUUUUGUCCUCACAAGAGAAAGCAAAACUUCAGGGUAGCCCCUUAAAAAAGCUAUUUAGUGGUUCUGGCUUGAGGAAACUAUCCGGAAAGAAAUCUAAAGGUAAAAAAGAGGAUGAUGCUAAAACAGAAGAUGUAGCCCAACAAGCAACUGUUUUAUCAGAAUCUCCUGAAGCUCCAGGUGCAGAUAGUGGAGAAAGCUCCCCCUCUUCUCCUGAUGAUUCAGGGGAGACCUCUCCUUCAGAAAAAAAUCCAGAAGACGCACAGCAGACCACUGAAACAGAAGGUGAAGGUGCCACAUCUGAUGGGGAAAGAAAGAAAGAUGGAAUUACACCAUGGGCUUCAUUUAAAAAGCUGGUCACUCCCAAGAAACGGCCAAAGAGGCCAUCCGAAAGUGAUAAAGAAGAUGACAUUGAAAAGGUUAAGAGCUCAACCAUGUCUUCCACUGAAAGUGCUGGUUAUGUUGACAAUCAAGAAGAGGUCAAAGAGAACAAUGAAGAGCAGAAACUUGAAAAGAGUACUGAGGAGAAUAAAAAGAAGGUUGACAGCUCUGUUUCAUGGGAGGCCUUAAUCUGUGUUGGCUCAUCGAAGAAAAGAGCUAGAAAGACUUCUGAUUCAGAAGAAGAAGCACCAAAUAACCUUGAAGAAAAUAAGAAAAUAGAAGAGGAUGUCGAAAAUGUUAAAGAGUUGGAUGCUGAUGGUCCUCAUGUAAGCUCUCAGGAAAAGGAACAAGACUGUUCAUCACCUGAUCAGGCCAACAGUCCUACAGAAGGUGAUGGGGUAUCAACAUGGCAAUCUUUUAAACGACUGGUGACACCAAGAAGAAAAUCAAAAUCCAGAGCUGAAGACAAAAUUGAAGAACCUACUGUGACAUCCAGCAUGGAGCAGUCUACAUCAGAAGGGGAAGCAGGGAAAGAAGAGACAUGGGUAUCCUUAAAAAAAUUAAUUCCUGGACGCAAGAAGAAAAAAUCAGAUGGCAAACUCGACCAGGGUGCAAUAAAUGAAAGUGGGCAAGCAGUAAUUCAGUCAGAAAUGGUUGAAGAUGAUUCUGAUGAACCAGCUGUUGUUCCUUUGGCUGAAUUUGAUGCUGCAGAGCAAGAAAAGCUUGAAGCGCAGAAAUCUGUAGAUGUCUGUGUUCUUAGUGAUGGUUCCAAAGAUCAACUAGCAGCACAAGAAAAGUCAAAUGAUGGUCUCAUCCAUGCUGUUACUGUGACGGUAAUAGAAGGAGAAAGAGCUGUUACUAGUUUGGAAGAAAGAUCACCCUCCUGGAUUAGUGCAACAGUAACUGAGACGAUUGAGAAAGAAAAUGGACAAAUAGCGUUAGACGGCAAAGAGGAAAUACCAACAGAGUUGAAAGUUGAAGAAAGUGUCAUUUUUAGUACAGUGUCACAUGUUGGCUUGAAAACAACAAAUGAUAUAAUCAAUGAUGUGGAGUUAACAGCUGAAGCUAUUACAGCCCUGGAAGAAGCUAUAGAAACCUCAUGUGCUGAAGAGACAACUGAAAUGGUAUCUGCUGUUUCUCAGCUUGGUGAAUCACUUCUCACCACUGAAGACACAACACCUGUACCAGAGGAAGAUGCAAGUACAAGAAGUUUAGAAAAGCAAAAGAAACACACUGACAAGAUUCUCCAAGAGGUUGCCGAAAAGGCAAAGCUGUCAGUUGAUGCACUUAUAGAGAGUAGCAGUGCAUUGCAAGGGACCUUUUCACUUUUAGAGAAAAUAGAUGUCAAAGAGCAUAGACAAGUUGAAGAUCCUGAUCAUGUAGUUGAAACUGCUCAAGGUGAAGAAAGCUGUACAGAAAAUAAAAUUGUGGAAUUAGACGUUUGUCAGACAUCGGUAUGUGUAACUACAUUCACUGAAAAUACCCUUGAGAAAAGUAUUGCUCCCACUGAUGAAGGUGCUGCCAUCUUGCUUGAAGAACAUACUAAAGUUGAUUUUCCCAAAACAGUUGAUCAAAAUGCUAAAGAAUAUAUUUCCACUUUGAAUGAAACAAAUGUUGUUGAAGAGGCUCCUAUUGUGGCUGCAGAUUAUACAAAUGAAGAAAUUCUAACAUUUGUUGAAAAACAAGUUGUUGAAUGUUUCCAGACCGCUGCUGAAAAGGAUAGUGGUGUUGAAAUUGUCCCUGUUUUAUUCAAGGAGCAGGCUGACCAUGUUCUCACUGGUCCAGCAGAGAAAAAUGUUGAAGUUCCCUUUAUUCCAACUACAGGAUGCAGUGCAGGAGCCACCCCCAUUCUAGCUGAUGUUUUUGCGGUACAACACGAAAAGGAUGUUUCCCCAAGUAAUGAACAACUUCAAGAAAAUGUUUUGGUUGAUGAGAAGACAAGUAAACAUGAAAGUGUUUCCAUUUUGGACACGACUGAUGUAACCCUCAUUUCAGUUGAGCCUCAAACUGAGAAACAUAGCUCUUUUUUGAUUCAGGAGGAAAGUGAAAAAUUGUCCUUUUCUGAAGUACAAAGUUGUAAAUCGGUUGUAAUUUUAGCUCAGGAGAAGACUGAAAAUCAGUAUGCCGGAGUACCCACUUUAACUUACAACCAAGUAGAAGAAACAAUCUUAGUGUUAGCUGAGGAACAAACUGGUAAAGAUACAUCUAGCUUGUCAGAUGAACCGGUUAAGGAUGCUGUCCACACUGUGCCUGAAGAAAAGACUGAAGAAAGCACUUCUGUUUUAGAUGAAAACAUUGUAGUAAAUCCCACUUUGGCUGAGAAUACAGCUAAGUUUGUCCCUAACCUAGCUGAGGAAAAAUCUGAUGUUUUACUGACUCUGGACCAAAGUGAUGAAGUUAUCUCUGUUUUAUCUGAGAAUCAGACUCAUGAUGGCAUCUCUGUUUUAGCUGAGAAACCUUCUGUGGAAGUAAGUCCGAUUUUGACAGAAGAUGUUCAUAAUGUCCCUGUUUCAAUUGAGGAAAAAGUUAAAGUUGUCCCUUAUUUAGGUUUAACUGGACCCGGUGGAGAUGCCCCUAUAUUUUUUGAGAAGCAAAGUGAUGAAGGCUUGCCUAUUCUAGUUGAGAAAUCUACUGAAGAGGGAAGCAAUGUUUUGACUGUGGAAAAUGCUGACAUUGUUCAUGUUUUAGCACUGGAGCAAGUUGAUGAAAGUGCUGAUGUUUUAACUGAGAAAGAAACUUAUGAAGAUAUCUGUGUUUUAGCCAAGAAGCCUGUCGAUGAGAUAAGGUUAAAUGUGUCUCAGGAGCAGGCUGAGAAGGUCCCCAUUUUGACAAAAGAACAAGAUGCCUUGGAAUCAGUAUUGGACAAAGCUGACAAUGGUGUGCAUAUUCUUUUAGAUGAGAAGCCUGCUGUUGAAAUAAGUUCUGUUUUAACAGAGGAGAAGACUAAAAACCUUACUACUUGGAUUAAGGAAAAAGCUGAAAUUGUCCCUGAUUUAGCCCUGGAUCAAGCUGAAGAAAAUUCUCCUAUUGUUGAUGAUGAGAAGCUAACUGAUGGAUCCAUCUCUUCUUCAGUAGAGUUGCUUGCCGAUGAUAUAAAGCCUACUUUGAUUGCUGAACAAGCCAAGAAUGAUUCGGUUUUGUUUGAUGAAAAACCUGAAUUUAUUUCUAAUUUAUCUCUCAACACAGCUGAUCAAAGUGCUACUAUAGUUGCUGAGAAGCAAACUGAUGAAAGUGUGUCUGUUUUACUUGGGAAGCCUGCUGAGGUAGAAAGCCCAAUUAUAACUGAUGAACAAAUUAAGGAAUCUCCUGUAUACAUUGAGAUUGAGGAAAAAGCUGAAUUAGUUCCUGUUUUAGUUGAUCAAGUUGAAAGUAGUGUCCCUGAUUUGGCAAACAAAAAUGCUGACAUUUCACCAGUUUUGACCAAUGAUCAGAAUGAUGAAAAAAAAUUUGUAGGUGAGGAAAGCACUAGUGAUAAAAAGUUAGUUAGUAAUGAAAGUGAGGUAACAUUGGCUGAGGGGCAGAAUGGUGACAUUACCCUAGUUUUGACUCAAGACCAAUCUGGUGAAAGUGAACAUGUGCUGGUUAAGGAAACUCUUAUUUCAACUGUAGAACAGGAGAAAGUAGCAAAUGAAACAACUAAAGAAAGCUUGCCUCAUUUUACAGGGGGGGCAACGGAAGCAAAUAUACUCAUUACCUCUUCAGAUACAGAACAAACAGAAAGUGUCUUUGUUUUCACUGAUACAAAGGUUGCUGUGGAACAGUCUUUGAAAUUUACUCAGGAAGAAUGCACCCUUGAUUUAGAAGAGCAAUUCUCUGGAGAAGGUACCACUUUUUCAACUGAACAGCAGCAUUAUGAAGAGUCUUCUCUUUCUAGUGAGAAAGAUACCAAUGUUUCAGCUGAAGAAUGCAGUGUUUUAUUAGUCCAGAGCGAUGUUGCAAGUUCCUUUAUAUCUGUAGAAAAAGAAAGUUCUGCUGCUGUAGAUGUAGUAGAGAAAGGAGAGAAUGUCCAGGAUGAGCAAGAGUCCAUUGAAAGUGAUGUUAUGUUUAAGAAAGACAAAGAAAGUGUUAAUGUUGAAACAGAACAAAUAGUAAGUGACCGCACACCUGAGCCUGCAGAGAAACAAAUUUUGAAAAGCAUAGUGGACAAAGAAGAAACCAUUGAAAUCUCUGUUUCAUUGGAAGCACAGACUGAAAACACGAUCCCUAUCGUGCCAGAGGAGGAAACUGUCCAGGUCCCUAAUGUGCUUGCAAGUCUCACAGAUACUAUAGAACUAGUUGAGGACCAACACUUAGAGAGUGCUUUUAUUGAUAAUGACCAAGCUAAUGAGACAGAAAUAAACGGCACACCUACCCCCUUGAAUAAAAUUGAAAAUUCAGGGGAAUCUGAAAUGAAAGUUAAAACUGAAAGAGAACUUAAACAAUGUGAUGAAUCAAAAAGUGUAGCUUAUGUAAGCCAGAGUAUGAGUAUUCAUUCCUCUGUAGUGGAAGGGGAGCUUGCAAAAGUGGGAGUGGAAGUUGUCGCUACCAAUAUUCCUGAACUUGAAAGCUCUGAGGCUAACAAAGCGUCUGAACCAGUUGCCGCUGCAGCAGUUGAAGAACCGGUCUUAGCAGAAACUGUGAAACCUAUUGAAACUUCACAAAAUGUACAGCUCUUUCAAAGGUCUGAAAAUGCAAAUAUCAUCCCCUCUGAAGAGUAUGAGGUCAGCUCUGGAACUCUGCACACAGUUGUUGAAUCUAUCUCUCAAACAGCAGCUGCUAUUGUUGAUGCAACAAUUGAAGCAGCUGCUGGUUGUAUGAUUGUGGAUGCCGUCAGCUAUGGUGGUGAACUAGAGGAGAAAACUGGAACUGAAAACGGUAUUUCUGUUUCUUGGGAAGAUGAACCAACUGUGCAAAAAAUAGAAGAUGAAACUGUCCAAACCAUUUCCAUUGAAUCACACAGUUCUACCAUUGUGCAAAAAAUAAUUGAAACUGCAGUAGAAAAAGUUGUAAACAGUGUCCAAGACAAUGACAGUGACAAUAUUCUAAAAUCUCAAAAUCUAGAAGAGAACAUAUCUGAAGUCCAACAAACUGUACUAAUUUCUUCUUGUAAAGAAAUAGACAUUGAAUUGAAACAGGACUGUCAUCCAUCUUCAUCAGAUUCUUGCAUAUCUAUUACCAGUCUAGAUGUUGGGCAAGUUGAAAAGGAAAUCAUUUGUGAAUCCGUAAAAUUUGUCAGUACAACAGCUUACAGAGAACACCAGGAGGUAUUUGGUGGUGAUGAGUCCCGAAAAGAAGUGUUUGUCAUCAGAGAUGAAUUAGAAACUAAAGGAAAUGUUGGUGAAGAUCUUGUUGAUCAAAAGACACUGGAACCUGAAACAGGGAAUGAACAGUCAGCACCAGAUUGUGAGUCAGUACAGUUAGGCAAUUUGGUUGAUCAAAUAUCAACAGAGACUGUCCAGAUUAUCCAAGCAGAAAUCAAACCAAAUGCCCCAUCUCUUAUACCGGAAGAACAGACCUCUUCUCAGGAUGAUUGUUUAGCUGUAAAAACAGAAGAAAUAGCACAGAAUGUGGAGUCGUGAGUGUUAAAUGCAUCAUGUUCAAACAAGGACAAGAAUGUGAAAGCUGCAGAAUUUGCCAUAGAAGUGGAAGUUGUAUAGCGACCAAGCCAACAACCAUUGACUGAAUUCCAACACUAGAUUUACUCCAUCAGUCUGGUUUGACAAUCCUGAGGUGUCAUCAGGAGCUUUAUCCAGAAUCGUUACUCUACUUAUGAAAUGCUCUUCUCAAGGCUCCUAUUUGUUCUUGUUUUUUAAGGCCAAGUCAUGGUGGGUAGAGAAGUAGGUUCAAAUAUCACUUUUACCUUUCUAAGGUAAUCGAUGUCCUACAUUUAUCAAGGCUUUUAAUGUUUGUUUGAUUAAUAUAACAUUGUAAAUGACUUUCUGGAAACUGCCCGUGUUCCUUGUUACUAUCUCAAACUUUUGUCCAGAACUGGAGUAAGACUUGUGUACUAAUAUGUUUCUCUCAAAUCUGUUUGCGCAUUAUACUGUAUAUAUCCUUUCAAAUAUAUACAUAUUAAGAGGAAGAAAACAGCAAACUAACCAACUGCACAUUGCCUGUUAAUGUAUUUUCAUGCAUGUGAUCAAAAAUAAUUCUCCAGCUCCUAACUAUCGAGCAAUAGUGCUCCUGUAACCACAGGCUUGAAGUAAUAUAAUGUAGGUAAAGAUUUCAGUUCUGUUUGCUGUAUUUUGGACUCCUAAACAACACUUCUUGUUUAAGGAAACAAUCUGUAGAAGCUAUUGUUUACAGUGACAUUUAAAUUAUUACCCAAAGUUAUUAUAAAUAAUACAUACAUAUAUUAAGUGCACUAUAAAUUUUUUAUUAUAGCACAUUUUGGAGUUAUUUCUUUAUUGGUUUAUUUUUUUUGUUUCUGUUACAUGUCACACAAAUGAUCUGUGUAUCUGUGUAGGUGUAAAUUGCACCUUUAUUAUCUACCGGUGACAAAGAGUGACUUGCUCAUGAAAAGAUUUUGCUUUUUUUUUUUUUUUUUUGCCUUUUUUAAAUGUUUGUAUUCCUAUCUGCUGAUUCUCACCAUUGAAGUGUGGAAUUCUCCAAAUCAUUGUUUCUACAGAUUUUUUAAUUAGCCGUUCCUUACCAUCUAGUAAGGCUUACAUUUUUUUAAAUGUGUUUCUUUAUGCUUAUGUACAUUUUGCUAUAUUGUAAUUUCUAAACUAUAUAAGUUUAAAUAAAGUCUUUGCUUAUUAUUCAACUUUUAACGCCUCACUCUAAGGGUCUGGUAUAUGUGGUGCCUCAUAGUUUGAUAUGCAGUUACUACACUGAUUAGGCAGGAUUGUCUUGUAAUAUGAAGAAAAACAAUUAAACGAUUUAUGUCCUAUUUGCCUUA